AUGGCGAAGGUUAACAUUUGUAAUGUUGAGGUUUUGGACAACCCUGCUUCAUUCUUUGAUCCAUUUAAGUUCCGUAUAACAUUUGAGUGUCAUGAACCUCUAGAUGAUGAUCUAGAAUGGAAGUUAGUGUAUGUUAGCAGUGCCUACAACCCAGCUUUAGACCAGACAUUGGAUUCCAUCUUAGUUGGUCCAAUUCCAGUUGGUCGUCAUCAAUUUUCUUUUGAGGCUAAUGCUCCUGAUCCAAAAAUAAUUCCAAAUGAAGACAUUGUUGGCGUAACAGUUGUGCUUAUACAAGCUUUGUACAGAGAUAAAGAAUUUAUACGUGUUGGUUAUUAUGUUAACAAUGAGUACAAAACAGAAGAAUUACGUCUUGAACCGCCGGCUGAACCUUUACUUAACGAACUGGAACGACAUAUAAUAGCUUCAGACCCUCGUGUUACUCGCUUUCCAAUUGACUGGGGUGAUGGUCUCUUAGAUGGGUGCCCAGAACCAGAACAGCCUACAGAAGAUAACGAAGAGUCUAAUUUACUGGGUAAUGAAGAACAAGUGGAAAAUAUUUCUCAACUGGAUCAGGAAAAUGAGGAUCAAAAUAAUAAAUUGGAGCCAUCUAGUUUUUGUGAAGGUCAGUCUGGUGUACAGUUUAUAGAAAAUACAUCGUGUAUGCCGCUCCAUCCUGUCCAGUCAUCAAAUGUUCCUGUCGACACUUUCUGA